AUGUGUGUUACGGGACAGCCGGCUGGUCAACACUUGCGCUCUGAAGAGUGUUCGUCAGCCGUGAUGGGUUGCGUUUCAGCUGAUGCGGUUGCUCUAGUCGUUGUGCUGCGCUUCUGGCACGAUCGACGCGGUGUUUCUCCUGUGCUUGCAGCUGGUAUGUUCGAACAGCGUGCGGCAUAA